AUGAAGCUGACGUUACGUACUGUGCAGAUAAUAGCAGGCCUACUUUCUAUGGCGAAUCUUUAUUCUUUGGCAGGCGAUGUCUUACAGAAAGAUCGCCAUCGCAUUGUAGUGCCAGUCACAUCUUUCGUCGCUACUACACUUCUCUGUCCUCUGAUUUACCUGGAACGUAUGCGCUCAAUUAGGCCAGCGGACAUCGCCGUUGUCUUUUUACUCGUAUCUUUGGGGCUUGAUAUAGCUGUUGCGAUACAAGAUGGCCUUGAGCAUUGGUUGAUGCCCGCCACCAAGCUUCCUCUAGAGCUUCUUCUAGUCGCCACAGAAAGCCGAAGCAAACAACGAAUACUCAAAAGUCCCUACUCUUCCCAGACUCCCGAAGAGCUUGCAGGAAUUCUAAGCCGAAUGUUCUUCUGGUGGAUCAACCCCAUUCUCGCGUUGGGAAACCAGAUCAUACUUUCCGGCGAAGAUCUCCCUCCAAUUGACCACCUCCUUACAUCGGAGAAGCUACGUCGUGAUGGCUUGAAGGCGUGGGACCAGAGGACGAAACCAUUGAGCAAGCUUACACUACCCAUUUGCCUUGUUAAAAGCAUGCUACCUCAGUUUAUGGCACCAGUCAUCUUUCGAUUAUGUCUGAUAUUCUUUCGCUACGCGCAGCCUGCUCUUAUUAGCUCUGCGGUUCACAUACUAAGCAGUCACUCCGAUGAAGGUAGACUUAUGCUAAUCAUUAAAGCGGCUGCGGUCUACUUCGGGCUAGCAGUAUUUGAAGCAGUUUACCACCAUCGGUUGAACCGACUCAGCAUCAUGACUAAAGGUACACUCGUUGGGCUUAUCAAUAACGCGGCUAUGCGGCAGAAGUCAAGCAGCUACAACGACGGUGUAGCUCUGACUUUGAUCAGCACAGAUACCGAGAGCGUGAUGAGAUUCGCGAACAUGUUUCAUGAAACCUGGGCACAUGUCCUUGAGGUCGUAAUCGGGAUGGCGAUGUUGGCUCGACAAAUCCGCUGGGCCGCCCCGGUACCACUCGUGAUUAUCUUUUUUUGCUCUCGCAUGAGUCGAUACCUGGCCAAAAAUCUGCAAAGCAAGCAGAAAGCCUGGAAUGAGGCGACACAGAGGCGAAUUUCCCUGACAGCAUCUGCGCUCUCAUCAAUGAGAGUGAUGAAAAUGCUUGGUCUUUCCAGACAGACCGAGUCUUGGCUCCAGAAGCUUCGAGCCCAAGAAUUAGAGUUGGCGAGAAAAGUACGGUGGAUGAUGGUCGCCUAUAACGCCAGUGCAAAUGCGCUCGGCAUAUUCUCUCCUAUACUGACAUUCGUCAUAUUCGUGAUGUAUGCUAACCUCCGUGGGUCGACUCUCGACGCCGAGACUGCAUUUACGACAACAGCGCUUCUUGGGCUAGUAACUCAUCCGGCAAACAUGAUCAUGACGAUUGUGCCUCGUGCCAUUGGCUCGUUAGCUGCUUUUGGGAGAAUCCAAGACUAUCUUGUCCAGCCUGGUAGAGCUGAUGAGAGAUACUUGUUCAAGACAGAUACCAAGGAUGAUAAGUCUUUAUCAGCGAUUUGCUUUGAAGCUGUCACUGUGCACUCUCAUUCAUCGUCGCGCCCAGUUCUACAAACGAUCAAUUUCACCGCGAAGAAAGGCUCAAUAGUCAUCUGCACUGGAGCUGUUGGAAGCGGAAAGACGAUCGUUGCCCGGUGCAUUCUAGGCGAAAUACCAACGUCAAGUGGGGCAAUCUCCGUGUCCACCAAGCGGAUUGCUUACUGCGAACAAUCGCCCUGGUUGCCGAGUGGAACUCUGAAGGAAGCGGUUUGUGGCUUUGGAAAGUUUGAGCCUAGCUGGUAUAAGCAUGUUGUCAAGCUUUGCUGCCUUGAUGAGGACAUCUCAGCCUUCCCGCUCGGGGACGAUACUUUGAUUGGGAGCCGGGGUAUGAAGCUCUCUGGAGGUCAAAGACAGCGGCUGGCACUCGCCCGCGCUGUAUAUGCUCGGUGCGAAAUUGUGCUUCUGGACGACAGCUUCUCGGCUCUAGAUCACAACACUGAGGGAAAGGUCGUUUCCAAUCUUCUGGGAACCCAUGGCCACUUCCGUAAGACAGGUGCUACAGUCUUCUUAAUUGCCAACUCCACCAAACACUUUGGCCUGGCGGACUCGCUGCUGGUUCUGGACAACGGAAAAGUCACAUACCAAGGGUCACCAAACGCAAUAGAUGAAGAAGCGGCGCAUUUAUGCCAGACGCAUGUCAGGGCGACAGUCGCUGAAACUAACACCGAUCUUGUCGAAACGAACAAGACAAUUCAGAGCCAAGCUCUAGAAGUAACUGAGGCUAUGGCUGAUCUGGGCCGAUCAACAGGAGACCUCUCCCUAUAUGGAUAUUAUCUGAGAGCUUUGCACCCGCGGAACUUCUUCAUACUACUCACUUGUACAGCUUCCUACUCAUUCUUCGUGACCUUCCCACAGUAUUGGCUGCAGAAGUGGACGGAAUCGUCAGGCUCUCAGACAAGUUUCUAUAUCGGAGGAUACAUCAUCCUGUCACUCUUAGCCUGGAUAGCCACGAAUGGGUCAAUGUGGUCUACUCAUAUGUUGAUUGCACCAACAUCGGGGACUGAGCUCCACCAACGAUUGCUGACAACAGUCUUCGGCGCUCCAUUACUGUUCUUCUCAAUGACAGAGACGGGUUCUAUACUGAACCGGUUCAGUGAAGAUAUGCACCUCGUGGACAAGAACCUACCUCCAGCGAUUCUCUCUCUUUCCAACCAGGUCUUCAAGUUACUGGUGCAGGCUACCCUUCUUUUCAGCGCCCAAAAGCUGCUAGCUGCCACGUUGCCUCUAUGCGUGUUGGUAGUCUACGUUGUGCAGCGAGUGUACCUGUGCACAUCUCGGCAACUUCGUCUACUCCAACUGGAAUCGCAGUCUGCUGUCUACUCAAGCUUCCUCGAGUCCGUCGAGGGUGUCGCCAGCAUCCGAUCAUUUGGCUGGGUGAAGGAAGCAGAGGCCACUAACAUGGAAUGCCUUGAUAGGUCCCAGCAACCAGCUUACAUACUCCUGUGUUUGCAGCUCUGGCUCAAUAUUGUUCUCGACUUGGUCAUUGCGGCUAUGGCAGUGAUUCUGAUCACUUUGGCAGUAUUCUUGGAUGGCAGCGCAACAGCUGGCCAAAUUGGCAUGUCUUUGAACAUUGUCCUCGUCGCCAACUCGACGCUUUUAGCGCUUGUCACGUCUUGGACGAAUCUGGAGAUAUCUCUUGGUGCUAUAUCUCGUUUGAAGACACUGGAAGCAGACACAGUAGCAGAAGAACAGUCGCCAUCUGGAGCAGAAGUCCCCGAGUAUUGGCCUUCACGUGGGGCGGUUGAGGUCCGUGGCCUGACGGUCUCUUACGAAGAGACGCACGUACCGGCGUUGAAGAACAUCAACCUAUCCAUUGAACCAGGUCAGCAUUUGGUGAUCUGUGGUAGGACGGGCAGUGGGAAGAGCACUCUCCUCCUCGCGCUACUCCGUCUUCUCAAUACCCAGUCGGGGGCCAUCGAAGUUGAUGGAAUCGAUUUGAACCUUGUCCCACUGUCAAUUAUACGAGAGCGAUGUUUUAUCACUGUCACGCAAGAUCCAUUUCUGCUCGCGCAGGCUAGUCUUCGUUUCAACUUGGACCCUUCAGAAACUCUUCCUGAGAGUGCCAUAAUGAAGGCACUUGGACGAACUGGGCUCUGUGGGCAUUUCGACAGCAAUCCGGAAGCAAAGCUGGUAGACAUCCUGGACGACCCUCUUAGCUCGUUGCCUCACAUGUCAACUGGCCAAACCCAGUUGUUCGCCUUGACAAGAGCUAUCCUACGAGCCGAGCAUUCUUCAAUCAAAGGAACAAACGCUAUUAUUCUUCUGGACGAAGCGACAUCCUCGGUUGAUGGGCUGACAGAGUCAACUAUGCGGCGCAUCGUGAAAGAGGUCUUUACGGAUAACGGACACACUGUGAUUGAGAUUACGCAUCGUUUGUCUGGAUUUGAGGGUAUCGCGAGAACUGGAGGACAGAGCCAACAAGUGAAGGUAAUUCUCCUUUCGCAGGGAGAGAUUCAGAGCCAAGGAAGAUUUGAGGAUGUGCUCGACUUUGGCAAGGAGCCUUAG